AGCCAAAAUGGUUGUCGCUUAGGGCGGCAUGUGAUGUCUCGCAGUCAAACAAAUCACACAGUGCUGAUCACCUGAUCAUACAGUCGGGUUGGGUUCUCUGGGGCCCAGAUGAGCUAAAUUGGUUACAGAUCUUAAAGCAGCGACCCAGCUAAGGCCCAGUGGUCUUUCUUUGCUCACAUUAACGCACGGGAAGACCCUAUGGGGAAGCUAAUCUUGUACUAACCGUGCUAACUUAAUAACCCAAGCUCUGUCCUGGAUACAAGAGCUUGCUUGAAGAGUGAAGUACGACAGGAAAGGGCAAACAAGUGUCAACGUUCCUGCUCAAUCCAAUCGAAAUAAUAAUUGUUACCAGCCCCGUACUGGUGCCCUAUCAACACUAUACCAUAUACCAUUCAGGGGCUUGAAGUUGCUCUCCGAAGGAGCCCGAGACUGUCGAACCUGGUUCAAGUCUGUUACGCCAUCACUCUAAUUGUGGCAAAUAAACCACGAUAAUCGACCACGAGGCUACAAGACUUCGCGAUGAACAAGUGCGAGACUCAAAUUACCUCGACUUACCCCAGGAUACACACUUUGGCUUCAUUUACUGCUCUGAAGACGUUGCGGUAAUGGAGCGACCGCCGUUUCCACCUGCCGAACCUACUGAACCACCAGUGUUCACGUUUUCGCCGGACGAUGAGGAUCUCGAACUAGACAACGGUAUCAACGCAUUCUACGGCAGCACAAACCGGGCCCUGUCGCCCCCGCUCUUGGAAAGUCAUGGUUCGAUUAGUGGCUCCGUUCCGGGUUCUUGGUCGAGGGCCUCGAGUGAUGCAAGCGCAUCUGGAGGAAGGCUGCCAGAGUCGCCAGUAAUGGGAGCGACGUCUCGACCUCAACGACCAACCGGACCUGCAAGGACGCCUUCAGGCACCUACAAUCCCCUUCGCCGCCCUGGAAAGACGUCACAACCGUUGGGGUUAGGUGGUCGCAACCGCUCAAAUUCGACUCCGCGACCUCACAGAGACCCACGGGCAUCCUACCGUGCCCAGGAAAAGGCCUAUGUCAGAAGGCUCCGACAAGACCAACCGGAUUACUUCGAUGACUAUACCCCGGGUUUAGCAUAUGACUCAAAUACGGAAGAAAGCGACGAUAUAUCCCCCUCGUCGGAGGCUCACUUUGAUACCGAUUCAUUUGACCAGGAGACCUUACUAUUUUACGGAAACGACGAGAUCGAAAUAACGCCAGAGGAGCUGCAGAAUCCACGGAACCGAGAGCGAUUGGAGUGGCACGGCAUGCUUGCGUCAGUAUUGACUGGCGAUGUUGUGAGACAAGAGAAGAAGCGGUUGAUUGGUGUAUCUGAGCAACAAGGCGCGGGUUUGAAGGAAGAUAUGUGGGUUGGCAUACGCGCAAGGAUAUGUGGCCGAACUUUUGCAGCGCAGCGAAGGAUAAUCGAGGAUGGGCGGGCGAAUCUUGGUACAGUUCUUGAUGAGAUUACAGAAUUUCAGGUCAAGGGCGAAAGUGACACCGGGAAAACUGCAAUUGAGCAAAUACGUGAAGUUGUUAAGAGCAUUGAAAAGUAUGAGAGCCUCUACCCUUCAAGGACCGCCUUAAUUGCUGGACACAAGGCGGCCGAUUCUCCCGCUCAUCUUGCAACCUGCGACGCCGUUAUUUCAUGGCAUAACACCACCGAACUCAUCAACAUUGAGCUCAGUGUGCUUCAAAACUGGGUUGGAAAUCCCGAACUCGACUUCUUGAAGGUCAAGGAACGCUCUCCGGGUUCUGAUGGACUACCAGAUGGCGCGCCUUUUAUCGAUAGGCUUCUCAAAGAAGAUGGCUUAAAAUCUCUUCAUGGCGAUGAGAGUAUGCUCGUGGGCAUUUCCGACGUCGUUAUGAAGGCAAAAAUGACAUUGAUUGAGAACUCAGCAGAGUUUGCCAAGAGACAUCUUCCACCUUACAUCGAGGAACUUCUCACACUCAUUAGUUUCCCGUCCAGGUUGAUUGAGCAGAUCAUUGUGGUGCGGUUGGAAUAUGCAAGAAAGGUCAGGGAGACGGCGCAACAGAACCCCAUGAUGCAGGAGCAGAUGAUUUCGCAGUUUCAGAUUCUGCUCAAGUUGGCUGUGCGUAUAAAGCAGGGGAAUGCAGCUAUAUCCCAGCCGGAGCCAGGAUGGGAUUUGCCGCCAUGCAUCGACGACUCGUUUGAUCAGGUUAUUCUUGACGCCCUGAAAUACUACUUCAAAAUGCUCGGUUGGAAGCUAGGAGGGAAUAAGAACGCUUUCAAGGAGGCGGAGGUACUCGAGCAGGAAUGGGCAUUUUCCAACGAGAUUGGCCGCCAUUUGCAGGGUGGUGAUGUGGAGGUGGCAGAACAAUUCAGUUCCUUGACUCACAAGGCCUUGAGCCGCCUCAGCUUAACGUUUGAACGUGAGCUUCAGAAGAGACCGACAGAGACGACAGCUGAGAUGAACAAACGUUACAAAGCAAUUCUUGAUUCCGUCCGAGUUCGACAGCGUAUGUUGCAAAGAUUUUCCCGAGUUUUGAGCGAUCGGUUUGAGAAUGCAACCGAUUUCAGCAUGUCCAUGGAUAGAGACGAGACGAUACAGUUUUACGAUAAGCUCAUAGAUUCUGGCCACUUUCUUGUCUAUACCGCGAGUUUUGAGCAUGAUGGCAUCUUUUUAUUGGCCUCACCGUCUCUAUGGAACAGGCCUAAACACAUUGCUACUAUACUGAGCAAUUGCUACCACGAAGAUGAGGUUGAUGGGGUGGACCAUCCAUAUCUAUUGAUCAUGCGCCCUGAAGUGCCUCUUCAAUGGAUGGGACGCCAGAUGGAUGCAGACACCCGAGAGCCAUCGAUUGAUCUGAAAUUAGGGCAUUUGCGCUUAAUUGCAGAUGGGUCGCAGGCACGCCUUGCCAGCGCUAGGCUGGCAUUCACAAGCAGAAUUGAGUUACCACUUGAUAUGGUUGUUGAACAGCGGUCGAACUUGCACAAAGUGAACGCUAAGCUUACCGAGAUCAAAAAGGUGGCUUACAAGCUGUCCAACACUAUAAUGGACAGCGUUCAGGUUAUCCGGAAGCUGACAGCGGGGUUGGACUGCCAGGAGCUCAUUCAUAAUUGCUUUGUUUUUGCAACUGAGUUUGGGCAACGGUCCCUCCUUUAUAUGGACAGGAAUCGUCGGCAGAUGAACAACCUGAAGCUCACUAAGCUGGCUUUAGACUGGGUCAGCUUCAUCUGCGAUGACUGUGUUGCAUCCGACAGAAAGACGUUUAAAUGGGCAGUCCUUGCCUUGGAGUUCUCCAUGCUCAUGACGCAAGGCCAGCAUAUCCUCGAGCUGGGAGACGACGAGUAUGCUAGGCUUCGGGCAAAGGUCGCUGGAUGUAUGAGUUUGUUGAUCUCCCACUUUGAUAUUAUGGGCGCGAGAUCGACACUAGCGGCAGCACAGGCAGAAAAGCAGCGAAUCGAUGCACUUGCAGGCCAAUUCCGCAAGUUCGAUGCGAGCAGAAUGCUUGACGAUGAAGCUUCUGCCACCUACAUCAGCGAGCGGCGACUUGAGCAAUUGAAUGAGAUUGAUCAACUCCGAAAGCAAAAGCAAGCUGAGAGACAGACGCUUGGGCGGGUGCUGGAGGAAUCUAGUGAUGCUGACCGCUCUCUCACCUUCCUGUCAUCGUCGGCAACGAAUGUUACUAUGCGUUGGCAGCAGGGGAAGUUCGUUGGAGGUGGAACCUUUGGGUCUGUUUAUGAAGCGACCAACCUCGAUUCUGGCUUCCUUAUGGCCGUCAAGGAAAUUCGUCUCCAGGAUCCACAGCUCAUCCCGACUAUCGCGGGCCAGAUCAAGGAUGAGAUGGGCGUCCUUGAAGUUCUCGACCAUCCCAAUGUAGUAUCUUACCUCGGCAUCGAAGUUCACAGAGAUAAGGUCUACAUAUUCAUGGAAUACUGUUCUGGCGGAUCGCUCGCCGGCUUACUCGACUACGGCAGAAUCGAAGACGAGCAGGUCAUCAUGGUUUACGCACUUCAACUUCUCGAGGGUCUGGCCUACCUCCACGAAAGCGGCAUCGUCCACCGCGACAUCAAACCAGAAAACAUCCUCCUCGACCACAACGGCGUAAUCAAAUACGUCGACUUCGGCGCCGCCAAAGUGAUCGCGCGCCAAGGCAAAACCCUCAUCAACGGCAACUCCUCCAUCCUCCCUAAAGCCAACAAAUCCAUGACCGGCACCCCCAUGUACAUGUCCCCCGAAGCCAUCAAAGGCGAGAACCCCGGCCGCGCCGGCGCCGUCGACGUCUGGUCUCUCGGCUGCGUGAUCCUCGAGAUGGCCACUGGGCGGCGGCCCUGGGCGUCCCUGGAUAACGAGUGGGCUAUCAUGUUUAACAUCGCCCAGGGCAAUCCGCCGCAGUUGCCGAAUGCGGAUCAGCUGAGCGCUGGGGGGAUUGAUUUCUUGAAUAGGUGCUUUUUGAGGGAUCCGAGAGAGAGGGCGUCAGCGGUGGAGUUGUUGCAGCACGAGUGGAUUAUGACGAUUAGGAAUCAGGUUAGUAUUGAGCCGACUACGCCGAGCGAUUCGGGGAGUUCAAGGGGGAGUGUCUAUUGAGCUGGG